GAAAACAGAUCGGUUGCAUCUCACACUUUAACAAGCAUCUGACACAUCUGGUAAUAUCCUGCCACCGCUGGUAACAGGCUAGGGAGGGCGUAGGGGAGUAAAGUCUAUUUUAAACCCUGAACUCGUACGCCUCGUCGGUUUUAAACCCCAAACUCCAAAUCCCUGAAAUCCACACCCGACUCUCCAAUCCCGGUCGUUAGCCACCUUAAUGCUGUUUGAGGGGAGGACUAGUUGACGUGGCAGAUUGGAGGCCGGGUUUGCCCCAAUCUCUGGCUGUCUCUCUGUUAUAAGCGCGCGCGGGCUAGGUGGGGAACAGAGCUAGGGUUCAUCGCGCAGGGUAGGUGGGGAACAGAGCUAGGUUUCGUCGAGCGGCGAAGGCAGGGCGGCGAUUGGCGGCGCCGGCGACCAUGUCGUUCUCCUCCGGAGCUUCAUCUUCUUUGCGCGGCGGCGGGCUUAACAGGAGAGGCGAGCAACAAGCAGUGAGGUCACCGGUGCCGUAUCGGGAGCCCCCCAUGGACUACAAGCCAGCUAGGAAUUGCAGCCUUUGCGGGAAGAAGGCGCCGCGGUGGAUCUCGUGGAGUAGGGCGAACCCUGGUAGGAGGUACUAUGCGUGUGUGGAUGCUCAGCAUGGCUUCAUUGAUUGGCAUGACGGCCCGACGACGCCAUUUCUGCGUGGAUUGCUUGGAGAUCUUCGGGAUAAAGUAUGGAGGCUGGAGGAUUAUUUGGCGGCUCAGUCAAGGGAGGGACAAGAUGCUGGUUUGACAGAAGAAAUGAAGAAGAAUGAACUAGUUGCAGAAACUAGAGCAAGAUUUGACAAGAAAAAGGAGAUGGAAAUGUACAAGUUUCUGUUCUAUGGAAUGAUGUUUUUUGUUGUUGGUUUAGUUGUAGGGUUGCUAUUAAGUUAGAUCAUUUAGAUGUGUCUUGUAUUUGAGUGAAAUGUAAUGGAUGCUAUGUGUGGAAGAAAAAAGCCUAAAUGUUGACAGCAACAAGAUCACAUCUAUUGUUGAGUACUCUGUAUUGUUUUAUUUGUGUGCAUUUUCUUUCUUGACAGCAACAAGAUCAAAUUGAGGCAAUAUACAGAACAGAAGUAAGCAUGCAUUGUAGUUUUUUUGACAUGAAGAAAGUCUGCAGUUUGACAGGAAUUGGCAGCAAAAAGAACAGAAGUAAACCUGGAGUUUGACAGAAAUUUUGACAGCAAAUUAUAUAUCAACAUGAAGCUCUCCAAUUUGACAACAAGUUGGCAGCAACAUAUAUAAGAGAUAUUUGACAGGAAAGAAACAUAGUUCAGUGCACAUAUUUCAUUUCCACAAAUUUGAGAAGAAAGGAACAUAGUUCAGUGCACAUAGUUCUAAAGUGAAAGCAA